GUUUACCUUGGAUAUUUACCUUUAAUGUGAAGUUUUAUCCUCCUGAUCCUUCACAGUUGACUGAAGACAUCACUAGAUACUUCCUGUGCCUACAGCUUCGCCAGGAUAUUGCUUCUGGUCGCCUGCCGUGUUCUUUUGUGACUCACGCCCUCCUUGGUUCAUACACGCUGCAGGCUGAGCUGGGUGAUCACGACCCGGAGGAGCACCGCAGUGACUAUAUCAGUGAAUUCCAAUUUGCACCCAAUCAGACUCAAGAAAUGGAAGAGAAAGUAGCUGAGCUACACAAAACACACAGGGGCUUGACUCCAGCACAGGCGGAUUCCCAGUUCCUAGAAAAUGCUAAGAGACUCUCCAUGUAUGGAGUGGAUUUACAUCAUGCCAAGGAUUCUGAAGGUGUGGAUAUCAUGCUGGGGGUAUGUGCUAAUGGACUGCUCAUUUACAAAGACAGACUCCGGAUCAACCGCUUCGCAUGGCCAAAAAUUCUGAAGAUUUCCUAUAAGCGAAGUAAUUUUUACAUCAAAGUGAGGCCAGCAGAACUGGAACAGUUUGAGAGCACUAUUGGAUUCAAACUGCCAAACCAUCGGUCUGCUAAAAGGUUAUGGAAGGUCUGUGUGGAGCACCAUACUUUUUUCAGACUCGUAUCGCCAGAACAGCCUGCAAAAGCGAGGUUUCUGACUCUGGGUUCCAAGUUCCGCUACAGUGGACGUACGCAAGCACAGACACGACAGGCCAGCAACCUCAUAGACAGGCCAGCUCCAUACUUCGAACGCACUUCGAGCAAACGUGUUUCCAGAAGCCUUGAUGGAGCUCCCAUGGGCAUCUCAGACCAAAGUCUGCUAAGAGACUUCCCUGCUGCUGGACAUAAAACCAUUGACAUUGAAGCUGCUGGUCAGGCCAAGUUAAAAGAAGGUGGAAGAGAAGAAGAUGGAAGCCCGGUCAAAACUCCACAAUUAGAAUUGGCUCAGGAUGGAAAGAGCAAUUCCUUGAGAGUAGACGGGGAAAAUAUUUAUGUCAGACAUAGCAAUUUAAUGUUGGAGGACCUGGAUAAGACCCAGGACGACUUACUGAAACACCAGGCUAGCAUUAGUGAGCUCAAGCGCAAUUUCAUGGAAUCCACGCCUGAACCACGCCCAAAUGAGUGGGAAAAGCGGCAUAUCACACCUCUGUCCCUACAGACACAAGGGAAAAAAGGAGACCACAUUUUCCAAGUGAAAACGCUGCCUGGGAAGGAGAAGCAGUGGACUGCAAUGCCAUGGAUUCCUGGAGCAAAACCAGAGGAAACCGAUAAGGUGGCUGCCCUGAAAC